AUGUAUUCUAUCGCUGUUGGAUUGGCCAUUUGUUUUCUGCUUGGAUAUGAACUGACUGCCGUCAUAAGCAGUAAAAGUUACAGCAGCUUACAUCAGUCCAGACUAAUUAGACAUGUGCGUGACAAUCGAGCAAAUCGAAAAGCUCGAGAAUUAGAGGAGCCCGGUUCCAACGAGCAGAAAUGUAAUUACACCGUUGCCCUACUGGACUUUCCACCAUAUGUGAUGAACAAAACAAAAAUCUCGGAGAGAGGAUUUAUGUACGACCGAAUAGUUUGGUUUAUAAAUACUGCAUGCUUCGGCACGGGACCUGGGGAACAAUUACCGUGCAAUUUGCAGGCCACGUUUGUUAAGAACACCGACGAGUUAGUUGAUUUAGUUAAAAGCAACAAGGUGGAUUUUGCUUUUCCCAUUUUUUCUGAGGCUAAGGAAGCUCUUGAUGGCAUCGAAAACGUAACAAUUAUUCGGGCGUUUGCGUCACAGGGCUGCUCAUUGAUUGUGAACACAAAACAGUGCGAGGCGGAAUCACGUACUCAGUUAUUGACUUCUAUUACCUCACAGUGGCCAAUACUGGCUUGUAUUAUACUGCUUUCUGGCAUUUCAGGAGUAGUUAUUUGGUUGUUGGUAAGCUAAUCAUUACCUGUUUAAUUUUCUCCUCUACAUCUCCAGGCUUUUGGGCGCAAACCAUUUCUUCUUUCUUCUCAUCCUCAUCAAGGUCCUGGGAAUGAAAUACAUAGAAAUAGGCUGGUGAAUUUCGCCCUAGCCAUGAUGUUGAUGGGGAUUGAAGUUCUCAGAUAGUAUUUUGUUGACUGGCCUCUUAAUGCUAAAUUUUCCUCAGAGUGCCCCCUACCCAGCAAAAACAUUAUUCCGAAAGAAUUUCUAGCCGAAAGAAAAAACACAUCGUUCCGCAUCUUAUGUCUCCAGAAGUAAACGCUAUUUAUUAUUGACAGAGAUGUCGCAUAUGCCGCGGGCUAAUAUUAAAAUGCAUUUCUUGGUUGGCAACAGGAACACAGAACAAACAAAACGUUUUCAACCGCAUUUACAGAAGGCUCUCCUGAGGGAUUCUGGUGGGCAGUGGUGUCACUCACAACAGUUGGGUAAGUUCUAUCAUUAAAACUGAGCAGGACCCCCCUAGGAAAGUAAUAUAUAGACUUAGCCAGGGCUUAAAGCGAGGCGUCCAUUUAUAUCCUUUAUAUGCUUUAAAAUAAAAUAAAAAUGAUUUUAAAAUAAAAAAGAGAAAAUUAUCCAUCAAAUUCGAUCACAGUAAUAGUCUUGGAAAGAAUUCUUACCCCUGAAUGGGUUCAAUUGUCGGCAGGUAGUCUCGGCAAACAAUUUUCUAAAUAAUGCAUACGUUUUAACGCAUGAAUUCAGCUGUCAAAGUUUUGACUAAGGUAAGGGGGGAGAAGAGGUUGUUCCUUGAGUGCGACCAAAAGCGUGACCAAGCAAUAAUUAAAGCCUUAAAAAUUUAUUUCCGAAAAUUUUGCCGCAAGUCAAACACAAGAAACUUCAUCUAGAUUUUUACCUGAACAAUUCCGAUGGUUGCCCCUAAAAUGGUUAAUUUUGCGCCAAAAUAAAACGCAACGUACACGUCUGGGACUCCCCUCCCUAUCCGACUGAGUUUUUACCCCUACCCUGACGUCAUAACCAAAUUUCUGGCGUCGAUAGGUUUCCAUUUUCUAUAAGUAUGGGGCUUCGCGCGCGCGGAAGCUCCGCUAUUAUUAUAAAAGUACGUAGAACUAGUAUUUAUCCCUCAAAUGGAGGCAGAAAGUGUAUCAUAAACUCUUUUUAUCAGUGUCAUUAUUUUUACUGUGACGGACGUAACAAACAGUUUUUUUAAUUGUUGUAUUAAAUAUAAUUUCCAACACUUGGACUUAGGGAAAACCUCUGUCAUUUGUAGUGCUGAUGCUUUUUUUUUUAAAAGAAAUCAUUUUAUUUUCCCACGUCAACGAAAACGCUUUUUGAAGGUUGGCGGAUUGCAGCAAUGAUUAUCAUAUUAAAUAACAAUAUAGUUGUAAAGUUUUUUUACGUGAUAGAUGUAUAUGAAAUAAAUCAUAUAAGAUUUUUCAAUCACAUUCAUCUUUUUCACCAGAACAUAUGAACACAUAAUUGACCAGCUCCCAACAUCAGUGGCUUCAUAGCUCAGUUGGUUAGAGCAUCGCACCAGUAUCGUGAGGUCACGGGUUCAAAUCUCGUUGAAGUCCUGAAUUUUUUUCAGGCUUCUUACGCAAUUGCAUAAAUUGCGUUCACAACUGGGAGGACCAUUCUUCAUUUGAUUUCUUCAUUUAAAAGCUUUUUUAGAUGUAAAGUUACCUCUCUUUACAACUUCGAGAAUUUAUGAAGCCAAGUGAAAACCUGAAUAUCACACACGCCCGAAAGCGGAGCUCCAAUUGCAAACUAGACUACUUCAAAAUACCAACAAUAAUACGUCGAUAAAAAGAUAAGAGAUUAGAGGUUUGGGUUUGCCAAAUUAUCUUACUCGUGAUGCUUAAAAAGCCUCUUAUAA